AUGCUGCCGCAGUCGUCCCAUAGUCCCCGCGGGGCUCGUCGCUCCAGCGUCGGAGCAAAACCCCGUGUCUGCGUGCACUGUGGUCGCUCCUUUCGGAGGACGGAGCAUCUGGAGCGUCACGUUCGCACUCAUACCAAGGAAAAGCCGUUUACUUGUUUCUGCGGUGCUGCAUUCACGCGGCGGGACUUGUUGAAGCGACAUACCCGCAUCACGCAUGAGGAGAACAAUCCUCCGAAUACAGGCGGUCUUAUCUCACCCAAUUCGCAGCCAGAUCACGAAGAGAACCCCGUCAUCCAACAACGACCCCCGUAUGACGCACCACCACAGCCAGCGCCCAGAGCGAACGUGCCGAUUCCUGUCACAUCCCCGGCUGUCGCACAAUGGCCGGGACCACCGCAGCAUGGGACGUACAUACCGCAGAGUCAGCAAAUGAUGAACCCGGAUACUAGUCAUGCAGCGUUGGGUGCACAUCCCGUGGUCACGCAUGACGCGGAGAUUCUAGAAGCCGCGCAGUUGCUUCUUCCCGGUGGCUAUCUGGGUCCUCCACCGCCUGCGCAGCCAAUGCCGUAUUUCCCUGAGGAGCUUAAUCAUUUUCAGGAGUUUACACACUUCUUGGACUCGAUUGGGUUGCCGGUAGAGUGGCUUCCGACGACGACGGACAUAACCCCGCCGAUCCAUGGUGCUGUUCCCAAUGAUACCGCCAUUCGUGAGCAGCCAAGUUCUUCUCGUAAAGUAUCGGAUAGGUCGCGCGGUGAUUCUCCGUUUAGGUCCUGGUUGCCAUCAGUGCCCCCGGGAGAUCAGAGCUUGGGGUCAGUCUCCGAUUAUGAACCUCCUCAAGAAUCCAGAAAUCCUUCGCCAUUGAAAAUAACCGAAGAGCAAAGACAACGGUUCGCAUAUUCAUUGGAAGAGUUCCGUAAUGUCAUUCCGGAUUUCGUCCUACCGUCCAGGCAUACAUUAUCGAGAUACCUGGCAUCCUUUUUCCAAGGAUUUCACUCACAUCUUCCGUUCAUGCAUGCCCCGACACUGCGGAUCAAUGACCAUGCUCCUGAGUUGAUCUUGGGGAUAUGUACUGUUGGAGCUCAGUAUCGACAGGAACACCACAAUGCUGAAAGGCUUUUCUACACUGGACGCACCGUCUUGCUCGAGAGAAUGGCCCGAGAGCCACACAUCCCUCUCACAGGAUAUAGCAAUAUCACUGUACAGGUUCCGAUUUCGCACUCAUUUCACAGUACCGAAGGCAUCCUACCACCAGAGGCCGCAGCAGGAGCCAGUGCGUGGAGGCAGAUCGAAAGCAUCCGAACAUUGCUUGCUCUCAUGGCGUAUGCCUCAUGGGAGCCAAAGCAGGAGCUUAUACAGGAAGCUUUUAGCCUACAAAGUAUGCUCGUACGAAGCCUUCGCGACUUUGGAUUAGCAGAAAAUGUGACUGUUGCCCCAAGGCACACCCCUCUGCAAUGGCACGAGUGGGCGGAAGAAGAAUCCAUCCGACGGACGAGAAUCAUAUCCUUCUGCUUCGUUCAUAUACACAGCAUAGCAUACAACGUCUAUCCAACGCUCCGGAGUAGUGAGAUUCACCUACGCCUGCCGUGUGCUACUAAAGAGUGGAAGGCAACCACUGCCAGCGAAUGGGAGGAUACUCAGAGAGAACCUAGUCCUCCGCCACUGUUUUUUCAGGAAGCGCUCGCUAUUCUUCUACAGCCAUCACGAACAACCAUUGUCCCUGAUCCGAUUCCUACGCCGUUGGGUAAUUAUAUUCUUCUCCAUGGUCUUCUUCAAAGAAUCCACCUUGUCAGCGAGCUUUCUCUCCCGACAGGGGAUCAUGCCUCAUCACUGCCAACGGAGGAAUUGAAUAGACUCGAGAGAGCGCUUCGUGCAUGGACAUCAGCAUGGCAGCAAGCCCCAGAGUCAAGCCUUGACCCUCACAACGAAAACGGCCCCAUUCCAUUCACAUCGAGUGCACUACUGGGCAUGGCCUACGUCCGACUUUCUCUUAACCUAGGCCCAUACCGACAAUUAGAAACAAGAGACCCGUAUCUAAUCGCUGCGACAUUACACAGAUCUCCACGCCCCGGACGAAACUACCGUCUAACACCCGCACUUAUCUACUCAGCUCACGCAUUGAGCAUACCCGUGCGGCUUGGUAUAGACCAUGUCGCCCGUAGCCAGGCUUUCUUCUGGAGUGUCCGACACUCGAUCGCCGGUUUUGAAUGCGCGAUUUUAUUGAGUAAAUGGCUACUUUCUUUAGCAGAGCCGGGAAAUGGACACAACCUGAGUGAGAACGAAAGCCGUAUCCUCCACUGGACCCGCUGCAUCGUACAAGAAGCAUACGAUUCAAUGGAUACGGAAGACGAUGAUAUCCUCCCGAAUCUGGAACCCGCGACCCUUGGCUUAGCGGUCAUCAGGGUCUGGUCUCGUCUGUUCCGGAAGAAUACGCAGUGGCGGUUUAUCAAUCUUCUCGGGGAAAGCUUGAAACAGUAUUUGGCUAUGCUUCCGGGUUGA